UACAGCUAUUAGCUAUAUUACUUUAUAUAUAUGUUAAAAAAUAAAUAUAUUGGCAGACAUAUAAAGACUUUUAUAAAUGAUUAUAAGUUAAUGAAAACGAUAUUUAUAUAUAAUAGAUAAAAUUAAUACAGGUUGCAAAUUAAACCAUUAAUUUAGGUGGCAAAUUAUAACCAUUAAUUUAGGUGGCAAGAUUAAAUUAUAACAUUAAUUCAUACGUAAUUUAAUAUAAAUAAUGUCAAUAUAAUUUAGUAUUCAAACAAGCAAAAUACAUAUAUAUUAUCUUAACGAAUUGAAAUUAACCGCCAAAAUAAUAUGAUCAAGCAUUCGGCUUUCUUCGGCAAUGAUCGACUGACGCAAGUGAUGAAGCUGACAUCUUUUGAGUCAUACUCACAAACAUGUAAUACUAUAUUUAACAGUCUGCAACUUGCAGCUUUCCGUUACUUGUCGGGGAGGAGUACUUGAGUAAUUUAUUUGUUUAUUAAUUGCAUGAUUAAUACGUAUCUCAAUUUCAGUGUAAUAUUUUUGUAUCUCAUUUUAAUAAAGCUGUAACUGUGUGAUUUGAAGACCAAAUUGUUUAAAAUGUCGCGGAUUACCACUUUAUUGCUGCUUAUUUGGAUCAACGCGGGAUUAUCUUACGGAAUGAAAUGCUCGUGGGGACAUGAAAACUUCAUAUCUGAUGUAAUAAAUUCAUGCCCAGGAUUACUUGAUUCUCAAGACAAAUCUUACUGUUGCUAUGAUAUUUCUAAUGAAAAAACGUAUUGCUGCGAUGUUAUGGAAUUUGCAUUGAAAUCAUCAUGGACCCAUGAUCUGAAUCCAUUUCAUCACAUCUUCCAACCUCCUGAUACUACACAAUAUUCCCCAUAAGUGUAUAUCAAAUUACAUAUAUUUUUUAAAUAUUUUUACCUUGCUUUCCAUUUGUAUAUUCUUAACGCAUGAGACUUUGUGUUUGUAAGCUUGAUUACAAGUUUUUUAAAGUAUAUGUAUGUAGAUGCGCGAUAUUGAAGAUAAUCUAUAACGCAUAAUAUUCCAAAAACGCUACAAUUACAAUACAACAUAUGACAUGAUACGAUUGUUAAGGAAACAGUUUUAAAAAUAUUUUAAUGAAAAAUUACAGUUUCAAUCUCUAUCAAAAUAUAAUCAACAAUUUUAAUCAAAUUAAAAAAUUAUUUACUACUUAAAAAUAUAACGCACUAAAUAUUAUUAUGUUGUUAAGUACAACUAUAUAUAAAUAUUGAAUGACAAUAUUAUAAAUAUUAUUAUGUUGUUAAGUACAACUAUAUAUAAAUAUUGAAUGACAAUUAUAUUCUUAAGCUUUCAUGCGUUUGCCUUGAAACUGCAUACAAAAAAAAAAAGUCGUCCGACCUUGAAUGCUUGGAAAAAAACAUAUUUCUAAGCAACCAAAGGUUGAUUAAGCAUUCCAUGACUAGUUUUUUUUAUCUAAAAAUUGUGAUUUUCGUUUGCUUUUUUAAAUAACUAUAUUAUGUGAUAAUAUAAAGCGAUUAUAAAGCUAAAUAAAUAAAUGGUGUUCAUGUACUAAAAACACAUAAUGACGUUUAUGGGUAUUGAAAUACAUAUAAACAUCAUUUUGUGUUUUUAAUACAUGAAGACGAUUUAUUUACGUAUAUACAUAUUUUGUGUAUCGAAAUACCUGGCACAUUUGUUAAAUGUCGCAUUAAAAUCGUUAUUCAAGUAUAAAGUUUAUCCAUAUUUGUGAAAAUAGCAGGAUACUAUUUUUGUCAAAUUGCACAGCGAAACAGAACAGUGACUUCCAUCCUCAGUAUACAUAUAUUUUUAUACAUGUUUUUAUACCGACAUGUGCAAAGUACCGUAAUAAUACUUGUGAUCAACUUUUUAUUUUAUGUACACCUCAUUGACAUAAUGACAUAAUAUAAAAAGCUAUUGAACUUACAGAAAAAUGUAAAUUUAAGAUAUACGAUUACCAUAUAGAUAAGUGCUUUUUAUUGUAAUAUUAUAUAAUAAAUAUCUUUGUGAUCUUUUGAUAUGAACGAAUAUUUUCUUCCCACUAUCACAUGAAUGAUAAAAUAUAUUUCAAAGCAACGAUGUUACUAAGGUAUGUAUUCUAAAAUAUAGGUCACGUAACUUAUCCAACGAUUAUCGUUAAUAUAAAAAUAAAACAUAAAUUUAUACAAGAAAAGAACAGUACUAUUAAUAGCAUCUUCUUUUUUUGAAGUUUUUCUGAAAUUUCAUUGUUGGUUUGAAAUACAUUUCUAGAAGAUUAAAAAGAUAAAGUAACAUGUAAUUUUACUUUCAUGCAAUGUAUGAUAAUCGCAAAAUUUCC